AUGGACUCUCUAAUUCGGUAUUGCUCCGAAGAAAUAGCAUUAGAUGGAAGCUCUGGUUGUGAUAUAGACCGUCUUUGGUCGUUUGCAGAAAACUUUUAUUUUCGCCAAGGAAUUGUGCAGAACUUGGACGACGACUAUAAGGGGUUCAUUUGGCCUUUGCUACUACAGGAAGAAGGAAUUGAACUUUGGGUUGAGGAUGUGAAUUCCGCCGAGAGACAUCAAAUAAUAGAUUCAAUUCCUUGGAAUUACCAAGAUAUUAGUCCCUUUGUACGGACCCAGCUGAGGUUAUUCGCUUCAGCGGAUCGUCAAUGGAUUAAUCUUACCUAUAAAACAAAAGCGGACUCUAAAAUACAACCUCUUGCUUUUGAGCUGCUUUCUUGUAUUUCAAGAUAUCGCCAUGAGGGUAUAGACCGCAUUCAGCUGUGCAAAGAAACAAAGCAAGAACCUAGAAGUGUAUUUGGCAGAAUACAAGCUCUCGAAGAUGCUUCUUUAAUUUCAAAGGUAUCUAUCAGCCGCUCCAAGGCCCAGACCGCUUUGUUGGUGUUAAAGCGGUUUGAGUCUGAGAAUAGUACCAUGAAUGAAUCCGUUGCACAAGUGUCUGGAGGCCAAAUUUACAAUACUGAUAAAAUUCGACAUCAGAUUUGCUCUGUAGUUCAGGAGUUUAAAAAUGGUGUUUGUCGCCAUGUUGAUGCCCGAACGAAGGUAGGUUUAAACCAAAAUAAAUGGGAACGAAGGUAUUUUUCCCGACAAACUAGUUUUUUGCACAACAAUGGCUAUAUCCGAAAAUGCCUUACUUUCCUCCCAAAUGCCCCUGAUCGUUAUAUUCGCUGUUUGCAAUUCUUAAAACCUUUUCCUAUACCUAUUUCUGAAAAUUCCAACCAGGAUAUAGACUUGUCAGACGCGGAUGAUAAUGCAGAAGAAGAAGAUUUGGAAGAUGACGAGUCCCAAUAUCCCAUUAAAGGAGAGUUUGACUCUUCUUUCCUUCAGCCGCUUGAAGACGAAUCACUAAUGGUGCCUCAAUGGUCUCGAUUUAAUCCUUUGGAGUUCCAAUGCUAUGUCGCUGUUAGGAAUUCUGGUUUGGAUGGGUUGAUAACUUUACGGAUUCUUCAGAAAUUAACAGGACUGAAGUUUAAUAAACCUUUGUUUAAAGUCCUGGGUUCUCUUGUUGAGAAUAAGUCCUCUGUUCCUGACUACCUGUCUCAUUUAGUCCUUACUAGAAUUGAAGAUAAGACAAACAAAUCCAGACAAUAUCGCUACUUCACUUUGCAAAACCAAAUCCAACGGUUGCUGCGAGAUGGUUUAUCCGUUGAAGAAAUAACAAGAUUAACCCGUAAUGUUCAGCCCACUGCUGGCGAGUUUCCUCCAUAUAAUCCUUCCCUAUUCACUGACGUUAAUGCUCUGUCUCCAGAUAACAGUUCCGCUAUUUAUUCACCUGACGGUAUGACGGUCUUGCCAAAAAAGAGAGGUCGUCCUAAGAAAGGUACGCCGAAAAAUGUUUCUUCCAUAUCCUCACCAGUUAAACAAGAAAAUUCUUUUUCUAUGUCCAUGUCCUCACCAGUAGUUCCUGCAAGCCAACCCGAUUUAUCCUCUUCUCAAAAUACAUCUUCCACCCAGCCAUCACUAAUGUUUAAUUCUGAUGCAAGUGGUUUAAAUGCUGAAGCCAGUGUGGAUGUCAAUGACAAUACUACUCUAGCGUCGAGACCAAGUGACCUUGAUUCUUUAUAUGACUUGUCUGUUAAAAAUCAGAGACAAGAUACCUUGAAAGAAUCUCCUCCUCCUCCAAAACCCGAAACAUCUGCGCUUGAUGUACCAUUUACUCCUUUUAGCAGUAUUGAUCUGAAUUUACCUCAAAUUUUACCUGGUUCUUCCGAUACUUCUAUCUCAGAAGGCUCUUCAGUACUUGCUUCCAAACGUCCUCGACAGGUUGUAGAUUUUGUCAUGCUACAAAGGAAGUCAUUAAUUAUGACUUACUUGGAGGAGAAAAACGGAGCUUUUGAGAUUUCGAAGAAAAUGUAUGAAGACUUGGCGGAUCUAAAGGUACGACGAGAUCCCAAUUCUGUUAGAACCGUCAUGGAUCGCAGAACGUUCCGUCAAACCCUUGAUAAAUUGCUACAUGAGAAAAAGGUACGUAAGGUUGUUUUGGCUUUUGAAAAUGGUUUCGGUAAGUUAGUACGGAAGGACAUUAUUGCAAAAUAUACUAUGAAGUCUGAAGAUCCUCGACUUUAUGAUAUUAAGCAUCAGAUGAUGAGCAACGAAUCCGAAUUUCGAAAUGACAAAGAAAUACUAAGAGGUGUUGAAAUUGAUAUUCCUGAUAAACCCAGAAGUAAAAGGCGAAAACAAGCCUUGCCGGUGGAAGAAGUAAAAACCCGUAGAGAAUCUCGAGCUUUUGAAAAGAACUUAAAGAAGCAAAAAGAAAAAGAAGAUCCGAUGGAAUUGGCACAAAAACUUCUUGAAUCGCUGGCACCAACUUUAACUCAACCCGGCAUAACUGAAGAUAAUACAUUGGAAUCACAACCACUCAGUAAAUCAUCUACUAAACUAAGAAAGGAUCGUUAUGCACCUAUACCCGAACUUGAUUACUACCCUAGUGCUAUACAUUCUAGUAAGCGAUCAGUAAAAAGACUUAAAAGUGACUUUACUGCUGAAGAAGAUGAUACUUUAAUUAGAGCAGUGGUUAUUAUUCAGGUACAAUACGGAGGCGUUCAUCGCAAUAUAAAGUGGGAAGCCGUUCAGAAAUGUUUGCCAAGUCGUGACAUUACCUCUUUGAGUCGAAGGUAUAUUUCAAUCCGACAACAUACAAAAUAUAAAAGUCUCCAGCAAUUCCUUUUGGCUAAUUGGACGCGAAUGUACCAGGAUGCUGUCACUCGUGGGGAUCUCACAUCGUAUCCAGAAAAUGUUGAUGAUUUUGACCCUAUGCCCUCCGUUAAAGCAUCGUACCGACCAUAUAUUAUAAGCUCUUCAGAUAUUUCUUCUUCAAAUCUUCCCAGUAGCUUAGAACAACUAUAUGAAAAAUAUGACGUUGAAAUGGUGAAAGAUGGGAAGGAUCCUAAAGAUUUAUUAUUUGAUUCUUCUCUUUCUGCCAUGGCAAGAAUGAAUAUUUAUUCAGACAUACCGUUCAUUAAGUCUGUUCAUGAGGAAGGUAAUAAAGAAGAAGAAGACAAGAAAGUUGAGCUUACUACCCUUGAAGCCAAGUCCACUAUUAAGAGUAUUUUAGCAAUUCCCGAUUCAGAUUACGAUUCCCAAUUCGCACAAUCACGAUUACUUAAAUUUCCUGAAGGAGCCUUGCUCUCUGCUCACGAUGAUCUGAUACGAAAAGAUAUAAUAGCACGAGUGCACUCAGAGUCAAAUCGGGUGCAACCAGGAAGAAAUUAUCACUUUACAGAUAAAUUUGCUAACUCACUAAAAUCCUCAUUUCCUCCUUUUUUGUUGCUUCAGGCUUCUAGAUUUUAUUCCUUUUUGGCGGAGGGUUUCCGAGAAGGUAAAAGCCAUAUGAUACAAGAAACUUGCAACAGUGGUACCAUGGCAUGUGUUUUGGAUCUGUUCUGUCGUGGAAAAGUUGAAACUUCAAUAAUUAACAGUAAGUUCAACGAGUAUGGUCUAGCUGAGGGGUAUCGAACCCGUCUACUGGAGCAUGAAAAUAUAAAAAUGGAUUUAAUACUUAGCAAGAAAGGUGAUGAUUCUAUUGAACCUAUUGACUCUUCAAAGUUAGUACCUCCACCUAAUAAUGAACCUCGGUUAUGGCUCGAUGGUAAUAGAGGUAUUAUUGAUCGGAUUUGGUUGGAAAUAAAACAGGCCAUUGUUUAUCAAUUGCUUAGGAGACCAGGAAUAGCGCGAAACGAGCUUGGAAGACUAUUGAGUCCGGGACUGGAUAAUAAUGAGUUACGAGAAGUAAUAGAGUACUUUUUGAUGGCUGAUGCCGCCAUUGAGAAGGAUGGUCUUUUCCUAAGUCCUGGAUUUUACCAUAAAUUAUUUUAA